UUGAAAUAAGAAAUCAAUAGCACAAAAAAAAACAGUGGAGGUUCCAACAAUAGAUUUAAGCAAUCAAGAACUAAAACCAGGCAAUGCAUUGUGGGAGACCACAAAAACACAAGUUUUUCAAGCAUUGCAAGAGUAUGGUUGCUUUAAAGCAAUAUUUGAUAAUAUCCCAAAAACAACUGAAGAUGCCAUGUUUGAUGUUUCAAAAGAAAUAUUUGAGUUUCCAUUAGAGACCAAACUUAAAAAUGUCUCAAACAAGCCAUUUUAUGGCUACCUAGGACAAUUUCCAAACCUACCAUCGUACGAGAGUCUCUGUGUUCCUGACGUUUUCAUUCCUGGAAGUGUUGAAAAUUUUGCAAAAAUCUUCUGGCCUGAUGCUAAUCCUGACUUUUGCAAUUUGGUUCAUUCUUGCUCAAAGCCACUAGUGAAAGUGGAUGAAAUAGCAAAAAGGAUGAUAUUGGAGAGUCUGGAGCUUCAAACUUAUGUGGAUGAAUUGUUUGGAUCUACUGAUUAUGUUUUUCGAUUGACACGUUACAAAGCAAUUCAAGGUGAAAAUCUUGGGUUAGCUGGCCACACUGAUGGUAACUACUUGACCAUAGUAUCCCAAAAUGGCAUAAAUGGAGUCCAAAUUCUCAAUAAAAAUGAAGAGUGGAUUGAUGUCAAUAUUUCAGAAAAUUCCUGCAUUGUCAUAGUAGGAGAUGCUCUCAUGGCAUAUACAAAUGGUCGACUGCGCUCGCCUUACCAUAGGGUAGCUAUGGUUGGGAACAAAGAUAGGUUCUCUCUUCAACUAUUUUCAGCACCAAAUGUAUUUUACAAAAUAGAGGCCCCAAAAGAACUUGUGGAUGAUGAACACCCUUUACUUUUCAAGCCCUAUGAUCUUCUUGGUUAUGCUCAGUAUAUUGCUAUUAGAGCUAAUCAGGGAGUUCCUAAUGUGCUCAAGUCUUUUUGUGGUGUUUGAUUUAUUACAGUUUAAAAUUUAAGCGUCAGCUUAUGUUUUAUGUUAUGUUGUGCGGAUUCUCCAAAAUAUUAUCGUAUCAGUGUCGAAUUCCCAAAAAGUGUACUUUUGGAAAAUUUGAUACGCACUUGACGAUAUUUUUAAAGAGUCCGAGCAUCAUAGGUUUUAUGUUGGUAUGUUUGUUAUGCAUGAUCUUCAAUCCUCCAGAUCAAUAUAUCUUAAAUAAAGGAGGAUUUUAUGAAGUUUUCCUAAUUGUGUUGUGGCUUGUAACAGAUAGUAGUAUUGUGCUGUAUAAAGGAUUUUAUGGUAUUAUCCUAUUCGUGUUGUG